AUGUUGGCGGCUCUCCGAUCUCGGUGUUCUUCUCUUCCCUCUCCUGCUACGAAUCGCAUCUUCGCUUCUUUUUCCUCGGCCCCCCGCGCCUAUGAUAUCUCAGAUGUUCUCACGGUUCCGGAAGUGGAGAAGAUACUCGCCGACGUGAAAGCAGAUAACGUCAAGGUGAUUCCCACGCACAAUCAGUCUUGCUGGUCCGAUUUCACCAUCAUCGCCACCGGACGAUCCGAUUGGCACUUGAAGAAUAUCGCUCAGGCUCUUAUCUACAAGGCCAAGCAAAAGCAAGAAGGAGCCAAACAAGUAACGCUUCCUUCUGUGCAAGGUUACAACAGCAAGUGGGUUGUCAUAGACUGCGGAAAGUUUGUAGUUCAUGCACUUGAUGAGAAGGCUAGAGUUUAUUUCAAUUUGGAAAGCCUUUGGACUGCUGAAGCAUCAUCAUCUGCUAAUGAUAAUUCCGAUAAGGAACUGCAAAAGGCUUUUGUAAAAGUCCGACCCAUAAACAACUCCAAAAGGAAAGUGAAAUCUUGA